AUCUACUUCACCUUGCGUUGAAGCUCAACUCGACACCAGUGUCAGUCGAUCGGUUGAAGUGUUUGGACUAGACUACAGUUUUGCACAAAAUGGCUCAGUUACCGGUGUACAAUCCUCCCUCGCCGUUUCUCGGGUUCCUGCCGGCCGGUUUGGGACUGUACAGGAAAGUGAUUAUCCGCGGAAAGAUGAAGGAAGAUCAGUUCAACAUCAACUUCCAGUCCGGCCCGAACGUCGACCCUAGGGAUGAUUGCCCGCUACACAUCAGUAUUCGCCCCCGCGACAAGGUGAUCGUUCGUAACACCUACCAAUUCCGGAGCUGGGGCAUCGAGGAACGGCACGGUGGCUGUCCGAUUCAGAAGAGGGGUUACUUUGACGUGCAGAUCACGGUAAAACCGGACGCGUACAGUAUCGCCAUCAACGGGUGCCAGUAUGCCGAGUUUGCCCACCGGCAACCGUACGCCUCGGUUCGGUUCAUUCACAUCGGCGAGGGAGCACAGGUGGACGCCAUGAUUACCGAGUAAAGAUAAGGGCAUGUCGAGCUUCGGCUGAGCUUGAUAAAGCUGAUGAUUGAACGUUAAGCCAGAGGAAGGGGAUUUUUCGCUACGAGUUUUAUCGGUAUCAAUUAUUUUACUGUCUGCUGUCGAUUGCGUUACGAAAUAAAAUUAUUUAAUCAA